AUGCAAGACUUGUCUGUAUCAAUCUCCUCAAGUCUUCAGGAAAAGAGUUUAAUUGCAUCAUAUGUGGUAUCCUUAAAAUUAGCGAAAGCCCAGAAAUGCUUUAGCGAUGGCACACUCGUUAAAGAAUGUGCAAUAGAAAUGGCAAAAGCAUUUGGUUACGAUGAUGCCGCUGAACAUUUUAAAACAGCUGCUUUAUCGCGUAACACUGUAAGAAAUCGAAUUGUUAAUACGGACCGCAGCAUAAAAGAGAAACUAAAUAAUUUAGUUGCACAAUGUCGAUACUAUUCUUUGUGUAUUGAUGAGAGUACUGACCGAACAGAUAUCAGUCAACUACUAAUUUUCAUUCGCGUAGUAAUGAACGAUUUUUCAGUACAGGAAGAAUUACUCGCUUUAGUUCCGUUGCUCGGAACAACAGAUUUAGAUAUUUUUAAUGCCGUUAAAAAAUGCAUUGACGAAAUCGGUGGUUUCCACAAAUGCUCUGCAAUUUGCACCGAUGGAGCACCGGCUAUGGUCGGUAGAGGAAAUGGCUUCGUUGGUCAGUUAAGAAAAAACGGAGUAAAUUGUUUAACUUUUCAUUGCAUUAUUCAUCAAGAGGCAUUAUGUAGAAAUACUAUCAGAAUGCUCUCUGUAAUGAAAGAUGUUACGAAAAUUACGAACAUAAUACGCGGAGGAAAUCGAUCAUUAUCUCACCGAAAAUUGAAAGCAUUUUUGGAAGAAGUUGACGCGGAAUACCGAGAUAUACCUCUUCAUUCUGAAGUUCGUUGGCUUAGUGCAGGUAAAUGUCUAGUUCGUUUUUUUGCACUUCGAAAAGAACUUGGCGAAUUUCUGAAUAAAGAGGGAAAGGAACGCACUAUUUCUGAUAUGUUGACGAAUAUUAAUGGAUUCCGAUCUAAACUUACGUUGUUCAAACUGCAACUAGCCAAAGAAAAUGUUUAUCAUUUCCCGAGUUGCUCCGAAUUAAAACAGGAAUACAAGGAAGUAAACUUUUCAAGAUUUGCUUCCAUUAUUGAUGAAGUCUCGAGUGAAAGUGAUCUUCAAGAAGAAGUGUGCAAUUUACAAAAUGAUCCGUUCAUGCUAUCGAGAACAGAAACAAAUGCUGCAAUUUUUGAAGUCAUGCCACAAGAUCGGUAUCCAAAACUCAUUGACUUGUAA